AUGGCUGAUAACUUAUCUGAUCAAAUGCAAAACAUGAACAUCAAGGACAACGUCUACGUCCCACCUCGUUCAAGAGGUGCUAACAGAGGCAGAGGUGGCAACAGAGGUGGUAGCUUCGGCGGUAACUUCGGUAACAAUGACAACCGUGGCAGUUUCUUCGGUGGUUUCAACAACAGAAGAGGCGGUAGCCGUGGUGGCCGUGGCGGUUUCGGUAACCGUGGUGGUUUCGGUCGUGGUUCCUGGGUUGAUGGUAAACAUGUUCCAGGUGCUAGAAACCCAAAAGUUGAAUUGGAAUUAUUCGGUACUGCUGAUGAUUCCUCUUUCCAAUCUUCUGGUAUUAACUUUGAUAACUAUGAUGAUAUCCCAGUUGAAGCUUCCGGUGAAAAUGUCCCAGAAGCUAUUACUGAAUUCACUUCUCCACCAUUAGAUGAACUAUUAUUGGAAAACAUUCAAUUAGCUCGUUUCACUAAACCAACUCCGGUUCAAAAAUACUCUAUUCCAAUCGUUGCCGCUGGUAGAGAUUUAAUGGCUUGUGCCCAAACGGGUUCCGGUAAGACUGGUGGUUUCUUAUUCCCAGUUCUUUCUGAAUCUUUCAAGACUGGUCCAACCGCUACUCACGAUCAAGGUAGCUACUACCAAAAGAAGGCCUUCCCAACUGCUGUUGUUAUGGCUCCAACCAGAGAAUUGGCUACUCAAAUUUUUGACGAAGCUAAGAAGUUCUGUUACAGAUCUUGGGUUCAACCAUGUGUUGCUUACGGUGGUGCUCCAAUCGGUAACCAAAUGAGAGAAAUGGAUCGUGGUUGUGAUUUAUUAGUUGCCACUCCAGGUCGUUUGAGUGAUUUGAUCGAUCGUGGUAAGAUCUCCUUAUCUAAUGUUAAAUACUUGGUGUUAGAUGAAGCUGAUAGAAUGUUGGAUAUGGGUUUCGAACCUCAAAUCAGAGCUAUCGUUGAAGGUGCUGAUAUGACUCCAGUCGGUGAAAGACAAACCUUAAUGUUCUCAGCUACUUUCCCAGCUGAUAUUCAACAUUUGGCACGUGAUUUCUUAGCUGACUAUAUCUUCCUUUCCGUUGGUAGAGUUGGUUCUACUUCUGAAAAUAUUACUCAAAGAGUUCUUUACGUGGAAAAUCAAGACAAGAAAUCAGCUUUAUUAGAUUUAUUAUCUGCUUCUGAAGACGGUUUAACUUUGAUUUUCGUUGAAACAAAGAGAAUGGCCGAUCAAUUGACAGAUUUCUUAAUCAUGCAAAACUUCAGGGCUACAGCUAUUCACGGUGAUCGUACGCAAGCUGAACGUGAACGUGCUUUAGCAGCUUUCAAAUCCGGUGCUGCCACUUUAUUGGUCGCUACUGCCGUCGCUGCUAGAGGUUUAGAUAUUCCAAAUGUCACUCACGUUAUAAAUUACGAUUUACCAGGUGAUAUUGAUGAUUAUGUUCAUAGAAUUGGUAGAACUGGUCGUGCUGGUAACACUGGUAUUGCCACCGCUUUCUUCAACAGAGACAACACAAACAUUGUUAAAGGUUUGUAUGAAAUCUUGACUGAAGCUAACCAAGAAGUUCCAGGGUUUUUGAAUGAUGCUAUGGCUGAUGCUGCCUUUUCCAGAGGUGGUAGAGGUGGUAGAAGUGGUUUCUCCAGCCGUAACAAUAGUAACAGAGAUUACCGUAAACAAGGUAACGGUAACGGUUCCUGGGGUAGUUCCAGACAAAGUUCUAACAGAUCUUUCGGUGGUAAUGCCAGAUCUAGUGGCGGUUGGGGUAACGAUAGUGCUUCAAGAGGCCAAUCUUCUAACGGCGGCUGGGGUGCUCCUUCUAGCGGCGCUUCUUCAUGGUGGUAG